AUGAGGAAUAACUUGAUCAAAAUAUUUCAAUUAUUUACAAUUAUGGAAAUUUUCAUUUAUUUAAAUAUGUAUCAAACAGUAGUAUAUACUAAGCCGAUAGAAACAUAUGCAAAAGAUGAUGUGAACUUUUCAAAGCCAUGUCCUGAAGAAAACUACAGAUAUCAUAAUGCUACUGGAUAUUUUAUGUGCACUGUUGAAACAGCCAAAAAAUGCAUUGACUUAUGUCAACAAACAGGAUGCAAUGAUUUAUAUUUUAUGAGUGUGAUCCCUUCGAAAAAUGAUAAAAUCAAACGAAACUAUCGUUGUCGCUGUUUCCAGGAUUAUCACGUCUGCUUUUAUAAUCCAUUGCCAAGAUAUCAAAACAUUAAUUAG